UACGUUAUCUGAGCAGGUUAAAGCUUUCAAGGCUACGUUGUGACUACAUAAUGAGAAGUUGCUAAAGUUUGAUUUUCAGUGAACCUUUCCAAAGGACACCAUGAAGACCCUCCAUAUGGUCCUCCUGUUGGUUUUUGGCAUUACUAUUGCUCAGGCUCUUGACUACAGGGCGCUAUGGCAACUCAGGGGUAUGAUCCUCUGUGUCAAGCCCCAUAGCUGGCCAGCCCUAGACUACGCUGACUACGGCUGCUACUGUGGUUAUGGUGGCUCAGGGACCCCUCUUGAUGAUCUGGACAGAUGCUGUCAGGUACAUGACAAGUGCUACAGUGAUGCCAUGCAAGAUGAUUCAUGCUGGCCAAUCCUAGACAACCCUUAUACUGAGAUCUACUCCUAUAACUGUGAUAAAAACACUAAGACAAUCACCUGCAAGAGCAACAACAAUGCCUGUGAGAUGUUCGUCUGUGAGUGUGACCGGAAGGUUGCAGAGUGCUUUUCUGUGAAUGAGUACCACGAGGAAAACAAGCAUGCGUCCAGUGACCGCUGCAAAUAAUUUACAGACAACUUACACACUAUACCACAUAGCAAACAUGAGUAUGACAUAAAAGCUGACAAAAAACUGUCUCAGUAAUUAUUUAUGUCCACUCAAGGAAUAAACAGCUUAUGAUAA